GUGUGUGUGUGUGUGUCUCUCUCUCUCUCUCAGUGAGUGAGUGGGUGAGUGAAGAUGAGUCAGACGGAGCUGUCCACUUGCUCGGCUCCUCAGAGGGUCUUCCAGGAGGCGGUGAAGAAGGGGAAUACAAAGGAACUCCACUCGUUGCUGCAGAGUAUGACGAACUGCGAGUUUAACGUGAACUCGUUCGGGCCCGAGGGCCAGACUGCACUGCACCAGUCGGUGAUCGACGGGAACCUGGAGCUGGUGAAGCUGUUGGUGAAGUUCGGGGCAGACAUCAGACUGGCGAACCGGGACGGCUGGAGCGCCCUCCACAUCGCAGCCUUCGGGGGCCAUCAGGACAUCGUUCUGUAUCUCAUCACAAAAGCCAAGUACAGCUCCAGCGGUCGGUAAUGCUCCCACACAUCCCCCCCCCCCCCAC